GAACGAAUGCGUUUCAAAAUAGCGAUAUUUACCGGCUCUGGCAGCAAACUGUGCCUGGCUAACGGUGGCUCUUAGCCUCGGGAGUACAGCUAGUUAAGUGGCUAGCUGGGCAACCAUUACUGAAGAGGCGGCUUUUGACCGCCGGCUGUGUCAAUCGCUAUAAUAGGAGGGAAACUGUGAUCAGUGGCAAAUGAGGAAACCACGUCAAAAAGGCCAGGUGGCUGCAGGAGGUAGAGGAGAUGUCAAGAAGUCCAAUGGAACCGUCAGUGGGCAUGUGGGUGUCCGCCAACGAUCUCCAUCCCCUUACAGCCUCAAAGCAUCUCCAAGCAGAGAAACUUUGACCUAUGCCCAGGCGCAGAAGGUGGUGGAGGUGGAACUGGAUGGUAGGCUUCACCGUAUUUCUGUUCUGGACCCCCUGGAGGUAAUUACUGAGGAUGAGAUGAUGGCACAGGACAUAAGUGAGUGUAACAGCAACAAGGAGAACAAUGAACAGUCAUCGCCACCUACCAGCAGUGCCCCAACAGUCCGCAAACCAGUCACCCCCCGAGCCCGCAGAAAAGACUCUAAAUGUCCCUCUAUCAAGUCACCUCCACCUUCAAAGAAUCACUGCCCUAAUUCUCAUCCUCAAACACCUGAAAAAUUACAUACAACACAGCAUCAUCACAUGACUCUUCCUGAGCCUAAGUUUCGGGUGCUAGAAGCCUUUUUGCCAGUCGAGGCACCUCCUCUGCCUACGGCAUAUUACCGCUACAUAGAACGCUCAGCUGAGGAGCAGGAAGCUAUAGCAGAAUAUGAUAUGGAUGAAGAGGACGCAGCCUGGUUGGAGAUGCUCAAUGCAGGUCGGACAUCAGAAGGUUACUCGACUGUCUCACCGGACACCUUCGAGCUGCUGGUAGAUCGACUUGAGGAGGAAGCGUAUCAGGAAGCCCGAAGCCGGGCGCCCUCUCACAGCACUGUUGACGACGAUGCCUUCUGCUGUGUAUGCCUGGAUGAUGAGUGCCUCAACAGCAAUGUCAUCCUUUUCUGUGACUCCUGCAACUUGGCUGUGCACCAGGAGUGUUAUGGAGUGCCCUAUAUACCUGAGGGCCAGUGGCUGUGCCGCUGCUGUCUCCAGUCCCCUCAGAAACCUGUUGACUGUGUACUGUGUCCAAACCGUGGAGGCGCCUUUAAGCAAACAAGUGACGGCCGCUGGGCCCAUGUGGUUUGUGCCAUUUGGAUCCCUGAAGUCUGUUUUGCCAACACUGUGUUUUUGGAGCCUGUGGAAGGGGUCAAUAACAUUCCCCCAGCACGCUGGAAACUGACUUGUUACCUGUGCAAGCAGAAGGGCCGUGGCGCAUCUAUUCAGUGCCACAAGGCCAACUGUUACACUGCGUUUCAUGUCACGUGUGCUCAGCGUGCUGGCCUGUUUAUGAAGAUUGAUCCUGUGCGAGAGACGAAUGUCAAUGGGACCAUGUUCUCCGUUAAGAAGACCGCUUUCUGCGAGGCCCAUUCUCCACCAGGACAGGAAACUGUGUCAGAUGAGGAAAGUGAAGGAAGAGUAGUGGGCAGCAGAGGGAGGGCGAGUAGAGGACGGAGCGCCUACACAGUGGGUCCAACUACACCAAAAAAAGGCAGAAAAUCAGACGAUGAUAACAAAACACCUAAAAAGAAAGGGAAGAAGAGCUCAGACUCAGCUCAACAAACUGCUUCACCACAAGUAACGGUGCCCCAUAUACCCACAACCAGGCUGAAUGCCAUCUGCAAAGGAAUCAUCCUCCAGAGAAAAAACCAGUUCAUGCAAAGGCUGCAUAGCUACUGGUUACUGAAGCGUCAGUCAAGAAACGGUGUGCCACUGGUCCGGCGUUUGCACUCGACCAUCCAACCUCAAAAGACCACAGAACAGCCUGAGGUGGAUGAAAAGGUCUCCGCAGCAAGAGAGGCACUGAGGUAUUGGCAGAAGCUUCGGCAUGACCUCGAAAAAGCUAGGCUGCUGGUGGAGCUCAUCCGCAAGAGGGAGAAACUCAAACGAGAACAGGUCAAAGUUCAUCAAGCAUUUCUGGAAAUGCAGUUGACCCCAAUGUUGAUGCUGCUCAGCUCCACACUGGACCAACUACAGGAGAAGGACACAGCCAAGAUCUUUGCAGAGCCAGUCGACAUCAAGGAGGUCCCAGAUUACCUGGAGUUCAUUAACCAGCCUAUGGACUUUUCCACCAUGCGCUCUAAGCUGGAGAGUCAUGCUUACCGCUCAGUGGCUGACCUGGAGGCCGACUUCAACCUUAUGGUGUCCAACUGCCUCCUCUACAAUUCCAAGGAUACACUAUUUCAUCGGGCAGCACUACGUCUUCGAGACCUAGGGGGCGCUGUACUGCGCCAUGCACAGCGACAAGCCACCAACACCGGUCUGGACCUGGACACUGGCAUGCACCUCCCUGGGUCACCACAGAAAAGAGACUUUUACAGCUGCACCUGGGAUGAUGUUGACAGUGUGCUGGAUCCAGAGAACCGGCUCCAUAUGACUGUGGAGGAACAGCUCAAAGAGCUGUUGGAAAAGCUGGACUUUGUCACCUCCAUGCGAUGCAGUGGUGCUCGAACUCGACGUAUCCGCCUGCUUCGCCGCGAGAUCAACAGCAUCCGCUACAGGCAGGGCCAGCACCCACGGCACAGCCUUCUAAAUGGACACAUGAAAGAAGAAGAAGAAGACGGUGAGGAGGAGGAAGACGACGAAGAUGACAAGGACACCAAGGCAGAUAACGGCUUAUCUUUGGACAAAGAGGACCUCAAAUCCACUUCGCCACCAACACUGGAACCUACAGGGCCAGCUCCUCCUCCACGACGGGGGGACACACCACUGGAACCUCCCACCCUGCGGCCAAUCGUAGGGGAGCCCCAGUCCCCCAGCUGGCCCUGCAAGCGACUAAAGAUGGACAGUGACCUCUCAGACAGCGCCACAGAGAACAAUAUUUGCACUAAAACACAGAAGCAGUCGGUGUCAACACCUCCCAUUUUGCACAGUGAAGGGCAGGCAGUUGCUAACGGUCUGCCAGAGCCCGGCGUCCCCCCGCGACCCACCGUUGGGGGAGUCGGAAGAAGAACCUCAGUGUUAUUCAAGAAGGCGAAAAAUGGGGCAAAGCUGUUCAGAGACAGAGACAGUAGUUUAUUGAAUGGGAAGGGGCUGACAGACGACAGUACAAGCAACACGCCUUCAGCACCCAACUCCACAGCCAGCACCCCGUGCUCCACCCCUUUGUCCACUCCUUCCAAGACCCCACAGAAAAGCCCCGGACCCCCCACCCUCAAUGAACAGUGGACCCCCGGUCGAGACAUGUGCUCAGACGGUGAGCUAGAGAAGACGCCAAAUCAUACACUGGAAAGAGGUCUUACCAACGGCUUCAACAAGCACAAAGAUGGUGGGUCUGACUCUGACUACAGUCCUUGCCCUGUCCUCCACAAAGAAAUCAGCUCACCACCCAAACGAAGCCUCGGGAAACCAGCUCUUUCCAAAGUUUCCUUCAUGGAGAUAGUCAAUGGAGACUCGGAUUACACUGGGAACGGCAGCCAAACAUCAGAGGAUGAGACAGAACUGGACCCUCUAGAUCUGGUUUGGGCCAAAUGUCGAGGAUAUCCCUCCUAUCCUGCUCUGAUCAUCGACCCAGAGAUGCCCGAGGACGGACUGCUGCACAAUGGGGUUCCCAUCCCUGUCCCACCCAAAGACGUCCUCCAUCUGGGGGAGCAGAGACAAGAGGAGACCGACGGGAGGCUCUACCUGGUGCUUUUCUUUGACAACAAGCGAACAUGGCAGUGGCUCCCUCGUGAAAAGGUGACGCCUCUGGGUGUUGACGACACAGCGGACAAGCUGCGCAUGAUGGAGGGACGCAAGUCCAGCAUCCGCAAGUCUGUCCAGGUGGCGUACGACCGCGCUAUGAUCCACCAGAGCCGAGUCUGCCACAGCCAAGGUUUUGUCACCUCCAACUACCUGUAGAGGGCGACAGUGAGUCCUGUGUGCCGCACACUGCUGGCCACCAUGCAUAUCACUUUGGUCCUAAAGCAGAGUCCUACUGCAAGUUGAAUUUGUAUUCACAUUUUGGUCUGAAGUGGUUACCAUGGCAACACAGAGUCCUGGACUGUAGUUCAUUACCAAACCACUAGUGUGUGACACACACAGAGAGCAGUGGUUGCUGAAAAUGUGGAGCUGCACAUGUGAAUGAAGUUACGUUCAGGUCCCGUCACUGGGUUUUAUAAAGCGUUAAUCCAUGUUCAGCAGCGUGUCGGGGUUUCGCAUUUCGCCACCUGGACACGUCAAGACUGUGUCAUCUAUUUUGUAUAAUGCUACUGCCAAGGAAUCAAAUUGUCAGAAAAGAGAUUUGACAUAUUUAUAUGAACCACAGAAGACAAAUGAAUGGAUCACUGCCAUCUUUUAUACAGUAGCUUUUUACAUUUUAACCUUUUACAGAGACACUUGUAUAUUAUAAAGGCACAGUUUGUGUACAUAUGUGUGUGUUAUCAAACCCAACUUAAUUUAAUGUUGCUGUUUUUAUAAAAAUGCGUACUUCAAUCAGCCCACAAGGGCAAAGCGAGGCUGUGUAUAUUUGUGGAGAUAAAAUAAUUCCUGACUUGCUGCAGUGUAUUUAGAUUAUCGCUGAUAUAAUUUCACUGUGUUAUGUGUUUGUGUCUGAGUGUGUGUGUGUGUGUGCGCGUAUGUGCGUGUGUGUGUGUGGAUUCAGAGAUGCAACACAAUGAACUGUUCUUUAUAUUUGAAUUCUCUUUUUGAUACAGAGAGAAAUAAUUUAUUUAUGACAGAACUAUAGAAAUAAAGCUAUAUUGGUUAAAGUGGAGAAUUAAAUUUAUUUUAAAAAAAACGGAGUGAGGUUUUAGAAAAAGAAACAAGCAAAAUUUCAACAGAUGAAUUCAUGUUUGGUUGGAUGUUGUUUAAUGAAAUAACUCUUAUUUGCCAUCGUUCACUGAUGACCCCCCCAGAAGAUUUUAUUUAUUAUGGAGCCCCAUUUUUAUCAAGUGGAUAAAUACACCUUUAUAAGCUUGUAUGACCUGCAUAUUUUAUCUGCUUACCAAAUAUUUUGUCCAAACUGGCAUUUCCUCGUUUUGGGAAAUAAAUGCUGUAUUAAAAAUAUUUGUCAUA